CAAUACUGGGCUGAAAAGAUUUCAAAAGGAGAGCUAGCUAGGUUCAUACUUUGUCUCUCUCUUGGUAGCCUCUUCUUGACAAGACCCAUCAGUGGUCUUACUUGUACAGUAAAGCUUGCAUCUUCCUGUGAAGUUUCAAACUUAAACACUCAGCAUCCAAAUCCUAUAGAUAUAGAAGGAGAUUCUUUCAGUCCAGUCAUGGAUAGAAAAUGA